AUGAUCCGUUUAUCAAGAUACAUCUCCCGGAAACUCAAUUCAGUCUUUAAAAGAGAUUCUAAAACCUCAGACAACCAGCGUCUUAUACCAACCGAUGAUCAGAAUAUAAAAUCUAGGCCUCUUCUACCAGUAGAUGAUAAGAAUGCAAAACCUAAGCUAGCACGGAAAGGGCACGUAGCUAUGUACGUCGGCGAAGAGGCCAAGCGAUAUGAAGUUCCCGUCAAGUUUCUGUCAACAGAAUUAUUCGCAUCUCUUAUACGAUUGGACCAAGAGGAUCCUGACGGCAAGAUUGAAGGGCCAAUCAAGAUUUCAUGUUCGACUGUGAUUUUUGAGCGCCUGUUGAAGCUUGCCGAUAUGCAUAUUAAGUAG